AUGGCCUUUCAAGUCACCAUCCCGCGGCCGAACCUCACUGCCGUGACAACCGAUAUGUGGCCAUCGGUGUCUUCCAUGCUGGCUGCUCCCUGGAAGCAGACAGGACGAGUCCCUACUUCUAGUACUCGUGAACUCCGCCCUCGGCAGGAACGCGAUUCACCGACGCCCCCUGAGAAGGUCCGGUUGCCAGACUUCCUGGAGUCGGUGUCGCUGGAUGGUCUGAAGACGCGCAUGAACCAACCAGCCCAGCGCGGAUGUUCUCCGCUCCUCCGUGGUGGAAAUCUGGCCUGGAACACAUCGUCAUCGCUCCUUCGCGGUCUCUCCCCAUCACCAACUCGAUCCUUCUCAACCGUCACUGCAUUCCGCGUCCGCCCCGCCCCUAGGAUCAAUGGACUUUCCAAAUUCGAGCAGCAACGCUUCAUAUUCGGGGGCCCUUCGCAAGGAAUUUUGGCUCAGAAGGAAAAAACAGCCAACAACAAUCCGAACAGCGCGAAUGCGCAGUAUGCAUUUUACCAGGCUCUUAUGCGGGCAAAUUUGCCUGCGAUAGUCGUCGAGCGAUACCGCACUGGACGAUUUGCGAGCAACGCAAACACCGACCUACUGUUCAACAAGGCUUUGCAAAAGGUUGGCGUGACCGACGCAGGGUUCGCCGCUGGUCAAGCUCAAGGGUCAAAUUUGACACCCGAACAGCUUCAGGCUGUUGGGCAGGCUGUCGCAGCCCGAGCUAGUGGGAACCAAAUUGGCAUGGCAAAUAUGCAAACUUCUGGUACUGGUGCUAAGGACUCUCCGCUCUACGUUGUGGUGGACGAAUCCAUGGGUGCCACCAUAUUCCGCUGGUUCAAAUUUUUGAGUAUCUUCGUGUUUUUUGCCUACAUCUCAAUGGUCUGCCUUACUGUGUUGCUCGAGAGCACUGGCAUGAUGAAGAACAUCCGAGGCUCGCAUCCUAAUGAAGCGCAGCCCGAGAAACAGACUGUUCGAUUCAGCGACGUUCACGGCUGUGACGAAGCCAAGGAUGAACUCCAGGAACUUGUUGAAUUCCUUCUUAACCCCGAACGGUUCUCGUCGCUGGGCGGAAAGCUUCCCAAGGCGUACUCUUAG